UAAGACUUUGGGUGACAAAUCGAGAGAAGCAAAAAAAAGCAGACAAAGAACUGGUCAGUACUUGCCAGAGUUUUCUGCUGGACUAGAAUUACUGAGCAGAUAUGAAGAUGCUUGGGCUGCCCUUCACAGAGGAGCUAAAGAUUGUGCGAAAGCUGGAGAGCUGGUGGAUAGUGAAGUUGUGAUGCUUUCUGCACACUGGGAGAAGAAAAGGAAUAGCCUGGUGGAACUACAGGAUCAGCUCCAACAAAUACCUGGGUUUCUAGCAGAUCUGGAAUGCCUCACAGCAAGUCUAGCCCAGCUAGAGGCAAGCUUUGAGGAAAUGGAGAACCAUCUAUUGUGUCUUGAGGACCUAUGUGAACAGUGUGAGUUUGAAAGAUACAAAUGUAUGCAGACAUUACAGCUGGAAAACUACAAGAAAACAAAAAGGAAGGAACUUGAGACCUUCAAAGCUGAGCUAGAUGCUGAACAUGCCCAGAAAGUUUUGGAUAUGGAGCACACGCAGCAGAUGAUAGCAGAGAGGCGAGAACCCAUUGGAAGCAUGUCUUCCAUGGAAGUGAAUGUGGACAUGCUGGAACAGAUGGACCUAAUGGACAUGUCUGACCAAGAAGCACUGGACGUCUUCUUAAACUCAGGAGGCGAGGACAACAACAUGCUCUCUCCCAUGCUGGGGCCAGACUCCAACACCUACGUGAACGAGAUAAGCCUGCAGGUUCCAAGCCAGUCCGAACUGCGACAGAAACUGUCUUCACUGUCAUCCACUUGCACUGAUUCUGCCAGCCAAGACGCCAGUGAAGGGGAGUCCCCGGUUAUUCAGUCUGAUGAAGAGGAAGUUCAAGUGGACACUGCUCUUGCUGCUGUAACUACUGAAAGAAAGGCUGCUUCAGAUGUUAGUGAUGAAAGUGACUCUCAGACUAUCUGAAUCUUAACACCAUAUCCUUUCAGAAUGACUUUUGAAUGAAUGAACAAAUGAAUGAAGAGCUUGUCUGUGUAAGGGUUUGCUAAUCAAUCAUAACAGCCAGAUCUUUUUACUAGUAAUACAAGAUUUUUACAAGAUUGCCAGUCACGCGGAGGUUGGUUUUUAAAAAAUUGCCUAAAGCACACACACUUUAACAGUAGUCUCGGGGCUCAGGGGAGUAGUACAACUUUUGUAUAUACUAUGUAUAAAAGAACUAAAGGAACAAGAUAAGUCUCUUUGACCACUAAUGUUUAAAGAACUUAUUGGAACUACUUAGCAUUGAUGUAUAGUACUGAACCCAAAUUGUUCCUUGCAUGUUUUCAACAGCUGCAAUUGAAGAUUUAGGCUCCAACCAAAAUGAAAAGUUAUUUUCUACUCUUUACUAUCUACUGUCUGCCUACCUUUGUCUACUAAUGCAGCAGUGUCCACUCUCUUGCACUUCUUAUUCAGGACCAACUUAGUUAUCAUAGGUGUUAAGGAAAAAAAAAGAGGUUGAAAAGGAGGAGAAAUACAUAUUGAAGUGUUACGCUCCUCGAGGAGCAGGUAUCUUAGCACUGUAUAAAUUUACUCCUCUCUUGAGAUGAAAUAAAGUAUUUCUAUCCCAACCAUGUCUUCUACUUGAUUAUCCAAAUAUUUUCUGCAUGAC